AUGGGUUUCUAUAAGCUACAUGAUAUUGUUGGAAUGUUGUGGCCUCACAUAUUCCGUGUUGAUUACGAGGUGCUGACUAAGCGGUUUGUGGGAGAUGAAAAUGGUACUGUAAAAGGACUCGAAGUGGUACGUGUUCGCUGGGAGAAGUGUGAAACCGACAAGUUUCAAUGUAAGGAAACUGAGGGCAGUGAGGACAUAAUCGAGGCUGACCUAGUUUUACUUGCUAUGGGAUUCCUUGGCCUUGAGUUGGUAGAUAAAAGAUACUGA